AUAAAAAUGAGUGAUUAUGAUAAAGAGUUUGACGAUAACUGGCUAGAUACAGCUGAAGUGAGAGCAUUCGCAGAAGAAAUCGAGGCUGGGAUUGAUAACAAAGAUAAGAAGCGUGAUAGGAGCACUUCAAUUGAAAUCAUAACGACUCCCCCGUAUGAGAGAUUCAGAAAGAAGGCGGGAUUCCUAGCAGCGACUGAUAUUUCUGAAAUACAAUGGUGUGCAUAUCAGAAACUAUACAAUGAAAUAACUGGAGGUAGCACCAUACCCGUAAACAAACGGACAGCUGAAAUAAUAGGUGAUACAGGCAAGAAAGUCACUAUUGAUAGAAGUAAAGCACUCGCGAAAGAGGAGUUAAUGAGCAAAGGAUCGAUUCAUCAUGAUAAGCUAGAAAGAGAACUAUACGGCUACCUAGAGGAUGAUUUAGUGGACAUUAGAUUUGAGGAUGAUGUUGAUUACUAUGUUGUCUGGCUACACCAAUGUUGUGAACAACUCGCGACACUUGAAACGCAGGGAAGAUGUCGUGAAUUCGGUGUGAGAGGCUAUAUAGAUGGGCAUACGGUACAGGGUGAUAUAGAUGAACUCAAAUUAGACAGAAAUACCAACAAAGUGCGCGUCAUUGACGAUAAAACUAGAUCAGAUGGUUACAUGCCGAGAUACACCAACAGAGGCCAUCGAGCACAAUUAAUGGUUUAUCACAAACUUCUCUCCGGCUUUCCAACAUUUGAUUGGGAAGCCUGGUUUACAACUCAUCAGAUUGACAUUGAUCAGGAAGUUAAAACACCGCUAAUUAGGCAACAACUGAUGACAGAAGAUAAGCCUAGUCUCACAUUGAGGCCUUUAAUUGCUCAGUUGAGGCGUGUGUCUGUAUUUAUGCUUGGAAACAUUGAUGAGGAGGUUGAAAUUGUUUACCAUAAUGCAAACGAUGGUCGACAUAUCGGCAGAGAUGUCUUCAAAUAUGAGGAAGAGGAGUUCGCGGGAUAUAUAAAGCAAGCAUUUGAUUUCUGGUUCAAAGGACAAUAUCAGGGAGUGGAUAUAGAGGAAGUUUACAAGUGUAAUUCCUGCGAGUAUCGGGAAAACUGUGAAUGGCUGGAUCUGCAACACAAGAAGGCACUAUCGCGUAACAAAAAGAGUAAAUUGAUUUAAAUGUUCGAUUUCACAUUAGGGAAUUCAAUCGGCUGGCUGUGUAAAACGCCCUGCCUAUUUAGACCAACGUAGGGCUGUAUGUCGUAUGUUAAAGUGAGCGUAGCAUUGGAAUAGUCUUUGAAAGACUUUGACUUUAAGGAAUACUUCUGUUUUGCGUUUUCGAUUCUGGUGUGCUGUUGGUGUGGUUUGAUGAUCUUAUCCCAUACGACGGUGGAUGAUUGGGUGUUUUUGUUGUUGUAGUUUGCUGUAAGCUGAACGAAAACUUGCUUUGUAUUCCAGUUGUCGAACAAGUGAGAGCUGUCAAUGAGGCCGUCGAAACGGAGAAAUGCGAACUCGUUGAGUUUGUUGUAGCUAUUUACGACGUUGAACUGAGUGAGUUGGAUAUUUGAUAGCGUGCUUUCUGGGUAUCUUAAACUCGUCAGACUAAUCAUCCCGAUGAGGACGAAUAAGCUAGAGCUGAUGAUAGCGGAGAGGCUAUUUAACCUUGCGAGCGUUGUGAACAUCUUUUUUGAAGUCUGGUGUUAGCCUUUGUUGAGUCUUUUGGCUUGACUUCUUUAUGGAAUGUGACUGUAGAAGCGAUAGACUCGACUGUCCGAUUUCGUUCAAAUAGACAGACGAUUGUAGUUGAUAGUUGAGUGUCGUAGCCGCUUCUUUAUUGGAAUUUGC